AUGGCAAUGUUUAAGCCUUCGCAACCGAUGAUGGCGCGAUUGCGCCUGACCACCAAGCAGGUCAAUGGCGGUUACUACAAGGGAAACCGGACCGGAUCAAUGGGUUACUUCGCGAAGAACGGCUCUUAUGUGAUUGAUUGGAAGAAAGUCCGCACAUACGUUGUCCCUGAAAAUCUGGCUGAUUUCAAGCUCACCCCGUUUGUGACGAAACGCAUGGCCCCGACAAAGGGCAAGUACACGAGAGAGAUCGAGAAGAACGGCAAAACGGUUAUCGUCGAGCGAGCGUUCGGUGCGAAGGACUAUCUUGACAUGUGGGCUUCGGAUAAUGGACAAGAAGUGCUGGAGCAGGAACGACUCGAGCAAGAAUCAGCAGCGAGCGAGGCGGCCACCCGCCAAUGAUUGCUCGGAUUGCGGUGUCGAGUCAUAUUAUAUCUUUCAAGCGGUUCGAAUGAGGCAGGUUGGAGGAAGACGAUGGUUGACCGGCUACAAAUCCCGGCGUUGUCGACAUCCUCAAGUCCGAUACGUCCACGAUCUCCGAUCUACGAGUGUAUUAUAUGUACAGUAUGAGCGUUGGUGCUUGCUGCGUCGCGGCUGAGACCGCAGUCUUUCACAACAUCAUCGCCAGCUAUGUGAAUGGUGUGAAUGGUGGCUACUGCAGUGGGCGAUUCAGCAUUUCCCCUGGU